AUGCAUAUCAAGCAGAUCAUCAUCAAAGGUUUCAAGACCUACCGAGAACAAGUCGUGGUUGGCCCUCUCUCUGCAAAAGAUAAUGUCUUCGUUGGGCUCAAUGGUCACGGCAAGUCUAACUUCUUCAACGCCAUCAUGUUUGUAUUUUCCGACAAGUUCUCUAAUAUCCGCAACGAAGACAAAAUUCGCUUAAUCCACGAAGGAGCAGCAGAAGCAGUAAAUACAGCCUCAGUUGAAAUAAUCCUUGAUAACUCUGAUGGGAGAUUGCCAGUCGAUAAAACCACUGUUUCGAUCAAGCGUAUCCUAAAGUCAAAUAAAGACGAAUAUUUCAUAGAUGCUAAGCACGUCACUAAAGGAGAUGUCAGCAAUUUGUUGGAAAGUGCAGGAUUUUCUAAAGCGAACCCUUAUUAUGUUGUCCAGCAAGGGCGCGUUGCAAGCUUGGCCGCCAUGAACGAAACCCAGUGUUUAGAGCUGCUUAAAGAAGUAGCUGGAACUAUUGUGUAUGACGAAAGAAAAGGAGAAAGCGAAAAACUACUUGAAGAAACCAAGAGGAAAAGAGACAAAAUCAAAGAAAUCAUGGGAAGGAUUGAAGACAGGAUGAGAGAGCUGGAGUCUGAGAGUGAUGAGCUUAAAAGAUACCAACAAAUUGAAAAAACGAGAAGGGCACUGGAGUAUAUUUUAUAUAAAAACCACGUACUAAAAUCACAAGAACAAAUCGAAGCUAUCGACCUAUCACAAAAUGACUUACUUGACAAAAUAAAUAACCUCAAAUUAAAUAAAAAUACUUUACAAGAGCAACUUGAUACGUAUGAAGCAGAGCUAGCUAAUAAAGCAGGCAUGGUUCAAAAAAACCAAUUGUCACUGCAGUCUUUAGAAGAAACAACGUCUAAUUUUCAUAACCAAAAAAUCCAGCUUGAAAAUCAAAUUCAUUCGCUAAAAGAAAGGCAUAGCAAUAUUGGGCUGGAGCACCAGAAAAUUGAAAAAGAACUAAAAUUUAUUGCAGAAGAGAGGAAAAAAGUAGAAAAAAUAGUCCAAGAAUUAAGGCCCAGGUUUGAAGAGCUAAAAGAAGAAGAGCAAAAAUUAAUGGGGAACUUGCAGUUUAAACAGAGAAGAAAAGACCAAUUAUUCGCAAAACAAGGGUCAGUUAUAAGAUUUAAAUCAAUUGAAGACAGAAAUAAAUUUUUAAGCAGCGAAAUUCAAGCAUUGGAGGAGCAUAGAAACGAAAUCAAAGAACAAGAAGCAGCCAUUGAAAGGGUGCUAAAAAAUGAUAGAAAAAGGGUCAAAGAUAUUGAAGGCAACUUACCAAUGAUUGAAGAACAAAUUCAAGAAGAAAAGGACAAAAUGUCAAAAUACGUGGAUGAGUUAGGAAAUAUCAAGCAAUCCCGAGCAAAAAAUGCAGUUGAAAUAAACAAAUUGAGAGGAGAAGAAGAAGCUCUGAAUAGUCAAAAAGAGCAAACUGAAUUGAAAAUUGCACAAGCCUCACACCGCUUACAAAUUCUUCUUCCAGGUCAGUUGUUUUCUACUUUAGAAAAAUUAAAAACCGAAUGCGCAAACUUGCCAGGGUAUUUUGGAAUCUUACUUGACCACAUCACUUUUUCCCAAAAAUUCCAAACAUGUGCAGACAUCGCAAGCAAGCUUAAAUGCUUCGCGAUAAUUGUGGAUACCUUUGAAACAGCCAAACAAGUUUUAGACAUCAAUGCAAGAAUUGGUGGAGAACGAAUCAACAUUUACCCUGCAGAAUGGCUACAUGAACUAAACAUAAAAGAUCGCGUUUACCCUUCUGGCUCUGACUCUAUCCCCCUUGUAAAACAAAUAAAAAUCAAAGAAGGAGCUCCAUUAGAUUUGAUGCCAAUAAUAAAAUAUAUAUUCGGUAAAACCUUGCUAGUCAGAAAUCAAGACGUCGCUAACCGUUAUGCAAAGGAAUAUAGACUGCAUUGCGUGACGCCUGAUGGACAAAUGGUUUAUUCAGGCGCGUAUAUGGUGAGGGCUGGCUUCCAUGAUAUUAAAAAAGAAAGAAUUAGGGUAUAUGCAGACUUAAGCAAGCUAAAAGAUGAGUUAAAUGAAAUCAGCCAAACUUUAUACCAAAUAAGGCUACAAAAGGAUCAAAAUCAGUCGCAUGAUACUGAACUGCAAAGGCAGACUCAGAAUAUUACUGCGCUUAAAGAUGCAGCUAAUAAUAAGCUACAGGCCUUGAAAAAUACUGAGCAAUCGCUGGAGCAGGAAAAACUGGAUCUUGCAAGGAAAAUUUCUGAAAAAGAAAAGCUCGCAGAAAUGUAUGCAAAAGAAAUAGCGAUGCUUAAUGAAAACAUACUGAAUGCCCAAAAUGAUAGAGAAAAAAAGGAGGUGGGAGACCUAAGCAAUGCAGAAAUUAAAGAAUUAGAAAGUCUACUUCAUGAUAUAGAAAACCUAGAAAAAGAAACCAUGAAUAUUUCUAACCAAAGACUGGAAAUCCAAAAUCAGCUAGAGCAAGCUGAGCUAAAAUUGACACAAUUUAUCCCAGAAAAAGAAAGAAAAUUCAAAGAAAAACUGGAAGAUUGCAAUAUAUCGCAACAAGCCAGAGACAGAAAAGAACUUGAAGAUGACCUUGCACAUGUAAACAGACUUCUCGAAAGUUCUGAAGAGCAAGCCAAACAGGCUGCCCAAGAGCUUAAAACCUGCAUCGCUCAAUCCAGAGAACUCAGUGAGAACGCUAAAAAACUAAAAGACCAGCAGCAGCGCAUCAUGACAGAAGUCGCCGAAAUGCAAAUAAAAGCUGACAAAGCAAGCCUCAAGCAUGCUCAUUUACUUGAAAUAAAAGAAGACUACCUCAAAAAAAUGGGCUCACUAGGCUCUUUGCCAGCAGAAGAGCACGAGAAGUACCGCAACGAAAACCCUAAAGAGCUAAUGCGGUGCUUAGAAGAAAACUCCCGAGAAAUUCAAAAAUAUAUGCAUGUGAACAAACGAGCACUGGAACAAUAUACAAGGUUUACUGACAAAAUCCAAGCUUUAAAAGAAAGAAUUGCAGAUUUAGACUCUUCUGAUAAUGCAAUUAAAGAGCUACUGACCCAUCUGGAUGGUGUUAAAGAUGAGGCUAUUAUAAGAACAUUUAGAAGCGUCGCUAAAAAUUUUGGUGAAGUUUUCCACGAAAUUGUCCCUCAAGGGAAAGGGAAGCUGAAGAUGAUAAAGGGGGAAGGAGAAGGGGUGGAUAAAUACAUAGGGGUAAGUAUUUCUGUAAGCUUCUCCAGAAAUGAUGAAUCUGUAUAUAAAAUGCAGCAGUUGUCUGGAGGCCAAAAAACUGCUGUAGCUAUUGCCCUGAUUAUUGCUAUUCAAAGAGCUGAUCCUGCACCAUUUUACCUCUUUGACGAGCUUGAUGCUGCUUUAGAUACUCAGCUGCGAAACUCUUUAGCUGCAUUAAUAAAUAGGUCAGCUGAUAAAGCGCAGUUUAUCAUGACUACUUUUAAGCCAGAACUCUGCAAAAAUGCAGCAAAAAUUUUUGAAGUGAAGUUCAAAAAUAAAGCAAGUACUAUCAGACAAAUAGAUAAGCCUAAAGCUUUAGAAAUCAUCCAGCAGGCAGCACAAGAGCCAAGGCCAAGCAAUGCUCAAUAA